AUCUCAAAACACCCAGUGUUUUAAGAAAUUUCUUCUACAACUACGUUGGAGAAUUUCUUCUCAAUACAUGUGGGCAGUGAACAAUCAUGAGAGAGGCUACGUGAUAGAGAAUAGUCAUUGGUUAUGGCCUGUGACCUGGACAACCAAACGUGGAUAUGCUGUGGUUUGUACUUUGAAGCUAUAUGCAAGAUGUGGAAACAUACAGGCAGAGGUUAUGGUUGAGAACACGAAGUACACUCAAAACAAAGAACGUGCUGCAGAACUUUGCGGCAAACGAAGUUUCUACAAUCAUUGGUUCCAUGAGUCAAAGUGCAUGUACGAAUUCUUGCAACCGGUGACAGUCCACUAUCGUUUUUCAGAAUUCUGGGCAAUUUUUGAAAAUCAAGUUGUUGAAGUUGGCCAGCACGGCAUGCUCCAUGUUAAAACAGUGAAUGAAAAUUCAACAAGGAUGGUGGUCUGCAUUAAUCAAACAGUGUCGGGCAAUUCCACAGAUGAAUGGAUAGCUUCCAAGGACCAUCCAAGACUGGAAUAUCUAUUUCGUCCCAAUCACCCUCUCGCCUGGCACGAGGCUAAUUCUUUCUGUGCUUCCUUACGUCGCUCAGUGCUUGCACAUGCAGCAAGUGCUGAUGACUUCAAUCUGAUCCUUCAAUCCCACACCAUCAGAAAAGGUUUCCCAUACUGGGUCCGAAGGGAGAAUGUCUCAUGCACCGUGUCUCAUGCAGGUGAAGGUCUAUCUAGUCAACAAACCUCAACUUGCUUACAACUCUUACCAUAUCUUUGCGUACGCGUGGUCGAGCAAAUAAUUGAGUGUCAACAGUCUAAAGUGCGGGUCUAUGCAGGUCAGAGUAUGAUCGGGGAUCACAAGGCUGCCGCGAGAGGCUGCGGGCCAGGCUACACGCUAUUCAACACCUUGAAAUCCAAUGUUCGUCCUUGUGUCUUUGAAGCCUUGGCAAAGGCAACACAAUAUGCAAAUAUUACAACAUACUGGACCAGAGAUCCUUCGAAAGCAUUGUAUUUUGGCAGAACAGAUUAUACAGCAGAAAGUGGCAUCGGCCUGAUUGACCUGGUUGGAAGCAAACACAUGAUUGCCUGCUUUGAAAAAAGACCAGCAUAUGAGCGAGAGUGCCUCGGUUAUGUAGUGCAGACACAUCCUGUACAACUGAACUAUACCGUCGCCAGGGUAAUGUGCAAUUCCGGAUCAAUUUUCAAUCCUAUGAAUCGUUACCAUACUUCUGAAUGUGCCAUAAAGCAUUUGAAAUCCCAAUCUGUACAGGAUGGCAUCCACUAUUCAUACUUCACUAAUGAUCCUAACAAGGUGUUGCAGGUUGAACAAAACACAACUUGGUAUGAUUCCAUUUUAAUCGACAGAAAUGUCACUCAACACUACCUACCAGCCUGUUUCGAGGAGUUUGAUGAAUGUGCUGAAGGUUAUCAUGAUUGUCCAGAAACCAGUCGUUGUAUCAAUACUGAUGGUUCAUACCGCUGUGAAUGCUCCGAUGAUACCAGCCUCAAUGGAAACUAUGCUAACCGCUGUGACGGCUGGAAGAGGGUAUCUGACUAUCCUGUCAGUGCAAAGUUGUUCCGGGAGGUUCCCCUGACUUAUCCUGAAGCCUUGCCCUUUUGCUCAUCUCUUUCUGGCGGAUCAAUAGUCUACCACUUUGAUUCACUGGGAGAAGAAAAAUUGACAGCACGUAAAAAGUUUGCAGAUACCUUCAACCUUGACAAUGACCCCAAUAGGUACUGGGUACAAACGCUGGGAAUAGAUGAGUGCGCAUAUAUGACUGGCAGACAGCCAGCAAGGAACGACUGCCAUGCAACGACACAUGCAGCCUGCAGCAGGGCCUUGAAUUGGUUCAAUGACCCACUGAAAUGUUUUCCAAAUACUUACCUUUUGGAGAUACCAUUGUAUAAACUCACCCCAAACGCUGACAAACAACGGAUGACAGAUAAAUGUAAGGUAUUUGGUCUGGCAUUGCCGUCCAAUCGCCAUUGCCUUAGGCAGUAUAUGAUGACAAAUCAGGUAGCAGGAUUUGCCUGGCUGGGUAAAUAUGAGAGUGAAUGGCCACGUAUUGAUCGUUUUGGAAGUGAAGACCCAGCAGGUCCGACCAAACAGGUUUGUGAGGCUCGUUUAAGCAUUGUUUGUGAAGAUACCUCUAAUAGAACAGUCAGAGUGUUUGCUCAUCCCUUCAAUGAACAUACCUGGAAAGCAGCAGAGAUGAGGUGCAACUAUCAAGGUGGAAAGAUGUUCAAUGUAUCCGGUAAAGAUCAGGGAUGCUUUAGAAACUUUCUGUCCCAUCUACGCAAUCAGAUUAGUUCUCGAUAUAUAUGGGCAGCUAAUGACCAAAGAUCUGCCUACUCCAUUGAAAAGACAACAAUAUUACACCGCGGAGACUGGGACACUCCACAAGGACGGUCUGUACUUUGUGAAUUACCCCUAAUGACAACAUGUGGAGACCUACGCUUACGGGCUGUUGUCGGGAAUGAGUUUUAUCGUUUCACGAAAGAAGUUGCCCUCAAAGAAUGCAAAGGAGACUUUUAUGAUCCUUGGUUCCAUCGGUCCACAUGUUUGCACACAUUCUUGCAACCGGUGACAGUCCACUUCAAGGAUUCAGAUUUCUGGACAAACAGACCUAACGAAUCUGUGGACUACCAACAUUCCAUCGUGCAUCUGCAACCAGUAGUUAACGCCUCAACAGCAGAACGAAUGGUGCUCUGUGCAUCUGAUGUUAUCAACCAGUGUACAGAUAAUGGUCCGCAUGACUGUCCUGAGGGCAACAGUUCUUGUAUUGACACAAUUGGAUCAUACUAUUGUCGCUGUUUGGAUCCUUACUAUGGAGAGCGUUGUCAAUUCACAAGAGAAGCUUCUCACAAAGAUCAGUGGACACGCAGCAUAGACAACCCAUCAGUGGGCUACCUAAUGCCCCAGGGAGUGGUCCGUAGCUGGCGAGGAGCUCAGAGGUUUUGUACUGCUCUCGUCAGUAACUCAAGCCUUGCGAAUCAGACAGGCAAUGCGGAUCAUAGCAUGCUCAUUCGAAAAUACUCUAUGCCCAAACAGUACGAGUACUGGGCCAGGGAUCCUGAUGCUGAUGGCUGUGCAGUGUUCCGUGCUGGUGCAUUCCAAUCCAGUCUCCUAGAAUACUCCUGCGAGGAAGCUCUGCCAUUCAUUUGCGUCCGUUACUUGGAUGAUGAUGAAUGUGGGGAACAAAUUGCCAACUGCCAACAUGGUGAAUGUGUCAACUUACAUGGUUCCUUGAAGUGCGUGUGCGAGCCAGGUUAUGCUGGAACGCUCUGCGACGGUUUCCAUCCAGACAAUAUUAAUGAAUGCACGGAGGGGUCACCGUGUAAAAAUGCCGGGAACUGUACUGAUACACCAGCCAGCUAUAGGUGUGCAUGCUCUGCCGGCUGGACGGGUCACGACUGUGAGACGGAUAUCAAUGAAUGUCUCGAUACGCCUUGCUUAAAUAAUGGCACCUGCUUCGACUUACCUGGAGCUCACUACUGCAACUGUGUCAACGGCUGGACGGGUCACGGCUGUGAGACGGAUAUCAAUGAAUGUCUCAAUACGCCUUGCAUAAAUAAUGGCACCUGCGUCGACUUACCUGGAGCUCAUUACUGCAACUGUGUCAACGGCUGGACGGGUCACGACUGUGAGACGAAUAUCAAUGAAUGUCUAAAUACGCCUUGCUUAAAUAAUGGCACCUGCUUCGACUUACCUGGAGCUCACUACUGCAACUGUGUCAACGGCUGGACGGGUCACGACUGUGAGAAGAAUAUCAAUGAAUGUCUCGAUACGCCUUGCAAAAAUAAUGGCACCUGCGUCGACUUACCUGGAGCUCACUACUGCAACUGUGUCAACGGCUGGACUGGUCACUUGUGUGAAGACAAUGUGAACGAGUGUGACGCUAACAUAUGCAGAAAUGGCAGCACUUGUUCAGACUCACAGGGCUCAUUUAGUUGCCGCUGUGCCCCCGGGUUUACAGGAGAUGUUUGCCAACAUGAUAUCAAUGAAUGUUCCAAUCAAAUGUGCAAGAACUCUGCAGAGUGCCAUAAUAACUUGGGUAGCUACACUUGCACGUGUACAGCUGGCUGGACAGGACAUAACUGUGAUGAGGAUGUCAAAGAGUGUAAGGCACAGCCCUGCUUGAAUGGUGGCACUUGUAAGGAACUUGGAGGCGGCUUUGAAUGUAGCUGUGUGCCUGGCUGGAUAGGUGAUCUUUGCAAUGUUGAAGCAGAUGAAUGCAAGGAUAAGCCAUGCCAGAAUGCAGGAGUUUGUACUAACAGCCCUGUCGGUAGUUACAAGUGCACAUGUUCGGCAGGUUGGACAAGCCGACAUUGUGAUGAAAACAUUGAUGAAUGCCUGAAUAAUGUGUGUGCUAAUGGGGCAACUUGUCACAACACUGCUGGAAGCUACUCUUGUAGCUGUCUGAAUGGCUGGGAGGGCUAUAACUGCACGGUUAACAUAGACGAAUGUGCCAAUGCUGAGAAGUACAAACAACUUCUUUGCCAAGAAAAUGCAUCAUGUGUUGAUACAGCUGGCAGCUACUCGUGCACAUGUCCACCUGGACAAACAGGUGCUGACUGCAGAACCGACAUGGAUGAAUGUAGUAACCCUGACAUCUGCUAUAAUAGAGGUGCAUGUACAAAUGUAUUGGGUUCAUACAGGUGCACAUGUGACCCAGGAUGGCAAGGUGGUCGUUGUGCUGCUGACCACGAUGAAUGUAAGGAUACGCCCUGUCACAAUAGGGGAACAUGUACAAACAUUGUCGGCAGUUUUCAAUGUACGUGUGGACCGGGUUGGACUGGACAACUCUGCAACAUUGACAAAGACCAGUGUCUUGAAGCAGGCCUCUGCCAAAAUGCAGGGACGUGUUUGGAUUUGCUCGGAACUUACAGAUGUGACUGUGCAUCCGGAUGGACUGGUCAGCACUGCGAGAGCGAAGUCCAAAAGUGCUUGCUAAACCUCUGUAAAAAUGAUGGAACAUGCCAGGAAAAACCUGGAAGCUACUCUUGUGCUUGCCAAGAUGGAUGGCAAGGCUCACAUUGUCAGGACAACGUGAAUGAGUGUUCUAAUGCUAAGUUAUGUCAGAAUGGUGGUACCUGCCAAGAUACUAGUGGCAGCUAUUUCUGUCAAUGCUCACCUGGAUGGACCGGUCAGAGUUGUACUAGUACUAUCCAGGAAUGCUCAAGCACGAAAAAUCCUUGUGCUAAUGAUGGAAUUUGCUUUGAUAUUGAUGGUAGCUACACCUGUAAAUGUCCUCAUCCCUGGGCUGGUGACAGCUGUGAGUACUACAUAAAUGAAUGUUUCAGGGACUGGGAGCAGCCACGAUGUAGAAAUGGCGGAUUCUGCCAUGCCAUGGGACGUAGUGCCACGUGCGUGUGCAAACCAGGCUGGACCGGUCCUAACUGUACAGUGGACAUAGAUGAAUGCAGCACUGCACCAUGCCAAAAGGAUGGGCAGUGUACUAAUCUUAUUGGUGGCUAUAGGUGCGACUGUGCCAGUGGGUGGGAAGGCCAAAACUGUGAAGAAGACCAAAAUGAAUGCUUACGUUCACCCUGCCAGAAUGACGGGACUUGCCAGGACACCGCAGGAAAUUUUAGUUGUUCUUGUCUUGCUGGGUGGACAGGUGACACAUGCACACAAAAUACAGAUGAAUGUGUCAGCAAACCCUGUGAGAAUGAUGGUGUCUGUACUGACACUGUUGGGUCUUACUUCUGUGUUUGUGCCACUGGGUGGACGGGGUCUAAGUGUGCCACAAACAUUAAUGAAUGUCGCCACACAACUGCAUGCAAGAAUGGUGGUAACUGCACAGACACAGAUGGAGGUUUCACUUGCAAGUGUGCUCCAGGCUGGACAGGAGACUGCGAAGUGGACGUCAAUGAAUGUGCUGGUAAGACACCAUGUCAGAAUGGUGGCACUUGCUUUAAUAUACCUGGCAACUAUACAUGCACCUGUGCACACGGCUGGACAGGAGACAACUGUGACUCUGAUAUUGACGAAUGCUUGACAAGGCCAUGUAAAAAUGAAGCUACGUGCAAGAACACUGAUGGUGGUUUUUCCUGUGAUUGUGGCAAUGGAUGGUCUGGAAAGCGGUGCCAGUUCAACGUAAAUGAAUGCUUACACAGCCCAUGUGGAACGAGAGGUAUUUGUUUAGAUUCUCCUGGAUCAUUUUCUUGCGACUGUUUCGACGGUUGGUCGGGUGAUUUAUGUGACAUGGACAUCAAUGAAUGUACCCGUAAGCCAUGUUCAAACUUGGCCGAAUGCUUGAACACCGAUGGUAGCUUUGUAUGCAAGUGUUCCACUGGCUAUUUGGGAGAAUUCUGCAAAGACAACCUAAAUGAGUGUUCCACCAGUCCAUGCAAAUACGGUGGUACUUGUAUCGAUACAAUUGGCAGUUACUACUGCCGAUGUCCCAUUGGAUGGACGGGCAUCAACUGUACUGAUAACAUCAAUGAAUGUUUAAAAAACCCAUGUCUGAACUUGGUAAAGUGCAAGGACACCGAUGUAAGUUUCACCUGUGACUGCCCUGAAGGAUGGGCAGGCCUUCGCUGUGAUAUCAAUGUCAAUGAAUGCCUCUCUACACCCUGUGAUCAUGGGAGAUGUCGUGAUAGCGUUGGAAAUUACACUUGUGUAUGUGAAUCCGGUUGGACGGGUCGUUUGUGUAAUGUUGAUAUCAAUGAAUGCGUUUCAGCACCAUGUUACAAUGGAGCUACAUGCCAGAACAAUAAUGGAAGUUACACGUGCAACUGUGCACCAGGUUGGGCUGGCACUAUCUGUACUCUGAAUGUUAAUGAAUGUGCUACAAAGAGUAGCAGCAGCAGCAGCAGCAAGAAAUGUCUGAAUGGUGGGACUUGUGAGGAUACCUAUGGUAGCUUCAGAUGUCAAUGUUUGCCAGGAUGGACGGGCUCAUCAUGCCAGACAGACAUCAAUGAAUGUCAAGUUAGCAGUCCCUGUGUGCAUGAUGGUGUAUGUAAGGAUACAGACGGUAGCUAUGAGUGUGGCUGUGCCGCUGAGUGGGGUGGACACCGCUGUGAGAUCAAUGUCAACGAAUGCUUGCAGGCUCCUUGCCAGAAUUCCGGAAUCUGCCACGAUGUGUUUGGAGACUACUUCUGCGUGUGUGCAUCAGGUUGGACUGGUCGCCGAUGCGACAGCAAAAAUUAAAAACUGCUUUCGCCAACUUUAUGUCAGGUUGUGUUCUGGAAAUGUUUGCUUCUACAGUUCUCUAUUUACACUAAUAUACUACGCUACUACUUUUGUAUUUCUUUUUUUUGAAAGAGAGACCUCUUGUACGGACAAAACUCAAAAACAAUCAUGUACACGUGGAUGUCAAAACUAAAAACUACGUACUGUUGCCUAGGGUUGAGUCUUCCUAGCCUGUUGGAGAGACUUGGUGUGCUGACAAUGCCAUCCACAUUCUCACGUCUUACGUUUUACCUUUUAUGUGAAAUUUUCAUAUCAAUGCUUUUGUAGACUCUUUACUCCCGACGCCUGCCCACUCGCACAUCUGCACAUCUGUUCAUCUGCAUCUUAGCAAUGAUCAUUUUGCUCUCCUUUUGGUCUGUCGUUAUGAUUGGUGC